GCUGUCUCCCACCAGCCCGCAGGGUCUCUGGUCACAGCUGAGCGCAAAACUUCCUCAACUUCUACAUCAAAGAGUUACGCAGCAAAACGCGCAAACCUUCUUUUUCUUUUUUUUUCGGCCACAAACUUGCAUAAAGUUUGCAGAAAGUCUGCUCGUUAGCACAUUCUUCGGGGGAUUGCGAGGGGGAGGUUUACUGAGAUUAGUGUCUUUAUGCUUUUUCACGUGAAAGAGCCUUUAUAAGGCGCCGUCGCGUUUGGAGACGGUGGUUCUUUUUACGCGUCAGAAAAUAAAGGAGAGGACUUGGUUUGUCUUUCGCGCAAAUUUUUCAUUCGUGCACUUCAACAUGGCAGCAUACACGUUACCGGAGGGAUUCUCGGAGUUUGACAUGUUUACAUUCGGCUCAGCACUUCUGGUUGGGGGCAUGCUGGGGUUCUUCCUCAACGCCAUCAGCAUCGUGUCUUUCCUCACAGUGAAGGAGAUGAGAAACCCCAGCAACUUCUUCGUCUUCAAUCUCGCCAUCGCCGACCUCAGUUUGAACAUUAACGGCCUCACAGCCGCCUACGCCAGCUACGUCAGGUACUGGCCGUUUGGUCAGGACGGUUGUGCCUUUCACGGCUUCCAGGGCAUGAUAGCGGUCCUGGCCUCCAUCAGUUUCAUGGCUGCCAUCGCUUGGGACAGAUACCACCAGUACUGCACCAGACAGAAGCUCUUCUGGAGCACGACUCUGACGAUGAGCGGCAUCAUCUGGAUUCUCUCCAUCUUCUGGGCGGCCGUUCCUCUCAUGGGAUGGGGCGUCUAUGACUUUGAGCCCAUGAAGACGUGCUGCACGCUGGACUACACCAGAGGAGACAGGGACUACGUGACCUACAUGCUCACCCUGGUGGUGCUCUACCUGAUGUUCCCGGCCUUCACCAUGCUGUCAUGUUACGAUGCCACCCACAAACAUUUCAAGAAGAUCCAUCACCACAGGUUCAACACCAGCCUGCCCUUGAGGGUGAUGCUGAUGUGCUGGGGCCCCUACGUCCUCAUGUGCAUCUACGCCUGCUUUGAGAAUGUCAAGCUUGUAUCUCCAAAGCUAAGAAUGGUGCUUCCAGUCGUUGCAAAGACGAACCCCAUCUUCAACGCGCUCCUCUACUCAUUUGGAAACGAGUUCUACAGAGGCGGCGUUUGGCACUUCCUCACCGGACAGAAGAUCGUCGAUCCAGUCAUUAAGAAGUCCAAAUAAAAGCAAACUCAACAUGUUCUGGCAAAAAAAAAAAAAAGAAAAUAAUGAAUCCAUCUGCUCUCAUGAUGGGUUCCUCACACUAACAUACUGAGGUGUUGUGAAGUAAACGUCACUGAGCCGUUUAGAUGUCUGUACAGUCGUGUUCAUACCAGCUGCAGCUCGGGACAGUGUUUCUGUUUGGAGUCGCCUCACCAGAUUCAUGUAAAUCUACAAAAUGUGCUGCAGGUAAUUUAUCCUUUUUGAAAACAUGCAUGUUUGCCUUCCGGUUUCUAAGCUGCUGCUGCUCCUCCGUCCACAUGUAACGCUCACAAUAAACACAGAUGUUGCUGCUCUCCUGC